GUAUGUGUCAAUUUGAGGGCCAGAGGCUGAGGGUGGCGGCCGAGCGCAGGAGUCCGGGAGUCAGGCAAGUGUGCCGCCAGGCGCGGGGCGGGCGGCCAGCGGAGCCGGCUGGAGCGCGCCGGGCAGCUGCCGCCGCCGUCCCAGGCGCGGGCGGCAGGAUGGAGCUGAACUCCCUGCUCCUGCUGCUGGAGGCGGCCGAGUACCUGGAGCGCAGGGACCGAGAGGCCGAGCACGGCUACGCCUCGGUGCUGCCCUUCGACGGCGACUUCGCCAGGAAGAAAACAAAGGCGGCCGGCCUGGUGCGCAAGGCCCCGAACAACAGGUCUUCACACAACGAACUAGAAAAGCACAGACGAGCUAAACUCAGGCUCUACCUGGAGCAGCUCAAGCAGCUGGUGCCCUUGGGCCCUGACAGCACACGCCACACCACUCUGAGCCUCCUGAAGCGUGCCAAGAUGCACAUCAAGACCACCCACUCUCCUCAGAAACUGGAGGAGCAGGACCGCCGGGCACUGAGCAUCAAGGAGCAGCUGCAGCGAGAGCACCGCUUCCUGAAGCGACGCCUGGAGCAGCUAUCAGUGCAGAGUGUAGAGCGCGUGCGCACUGACAGCACUGGUUCUGCUGUCUCCACAGAUGACUCAGAGCAAGAGGUGGACAUAGAGGGCAUGGAAUUUGGCCCUGGGGAGCUGGACAGUGUUGGUAGCAGCAGUGAUGCCGAUGACCACUACAUCCUGCAGAGCAAUGGCUGCAGUGACAGCAGCUACAGUCGCCCCUGCCGGCGGCCCGGCCGCCCUGGCCUCUCAUAGGCUCCAUGUCUUCUGCUUCUUGGCCUGCCUGCCUGCCCGCCCAGCCAAGCGUCUCAGCCUUCCAGUCCUCCUCUGACUGAAGCCAGCCUCUCCAUGGGCCCACUUGCUGUGCCAUUCUUGAAGCUCCAGCUGAUGCCUGGGCUGCCUGCCCCUGCCUGCCUACCCUUCGGUUGGGGCUCAAGCUGCCCGCCCCCUCCCGGAUGGGCAAGAUCCCCUGCAGGGAGGCAGGGCCAGGCUCUCACAUCCUGGAGCCCAGCGUAGUCACCCAUGGUCUGUUCUCAGAUUCCUAAUCAUUCCAGAAGUAUUAAAUAUCAUUGCUGCAAACCUCGGCAGGAUCCGUGUAGGGGCCUUAAUGACCACUUCGGGGAGCAUGGACCCCAACAUCGGAUCCCAGGAGAGACGAGUGGACUGAGGAAGUAAGGAAGGUGCGACUGUCUGUCCAUCCAUCCAUCUAUCUGUUGGUCCACACAGGCUCCUGAGGUGUGGACAGGGGGAUCCAUAAAGGGCAGGACUUGGGUGAGCAGCUGGGACUUGUUGGUGGCCCCCUCUUCCAUGUUGUCAGGAGCCAGAGUGGGGCUCCCCUUCCACAGUGUGCAAGCUCCUGGGGGCUGGCUGGGCCACCCCAUACCAAGCUGGGUGACUUCUGCUCUUUUGGGACCAUCAGAUGCAUACAUACAUGCCUAGGCUCCCACCCUCAAGCACAUACACAGACAUGUGGACAUCAGCGAGUGUAUGUCCUGAGAUAGUUGGCCUGGGGUCACCUGCAAAGGCUGGCCUUGGCCUGUGCCUGAUUAUGGCCCAAGCUCCUGUUCACCUGUACCAGCCCAGAUAGCUCUGCCUGGUUUGCACAGGAUGUAGGUCUUUUCUUCCUGGCAGGGAUUGGGAUUAGCUGGGUGGCAAGCUGGAACCACUGGGUCCUCUGGGCUUUCUCAUCUCCCUUUC